GAAGAUGCUGGAAACAUGGAACUGCAGAGAGUAUUUUCAUUGAGAUCUGAAGGAGAUAUAGACCAUGGUCCUCACCUGGGAAAAGCCCAUGUAAGUUGGCACAAUUCAGCAAUGCCACUGACAGAGGACCCUUUAGUGAAGCAACAAACUGAAACUGCUCAUGGUGAGCCACUCCAGGAGCACCGAGAGGACAUCCCCCCCCCACGAACAUCCCGAUCAGAGAGACCAACCAUAUGUUCUGAAUGCGGGAAGGGCUUCAGUCGAAGCAUUCACUUGAUCCAGCAUCAGAGAAUGCACACAGGGGAGAGACCUUUCAAAUGCACAGAGUGCGGCAAAGGCUUCAGCCAGAGCUCACACCUUAUACAGCACCGGAGAAUCCACACAGGCCAGAAGCCCUACACGUGUCACGAGUGUGGGAAGAGCUUUAGCCAGAGCUCCAACCUGAUUAAACACCAGAGAAUCCACACAGGGCACAAGCCCUACAUAUGCACUGAGUGCGGGAAGAUCUUCAGUGAUAGCUCUACGUGUAUAAAACACCAGCGCAUGCACACAGGAGAGAAGCCGUACAAAUGUCCCGAGUGUGGCAAAAAUUUUAGCCAGCGCUCCCACCUCAUCCAGCAUCAGAGGAUUCACAAUGGCAUCAAGCCCUACACUUGCAUGGAGUGUGGGAAGAGUUUUGGCCAGAGCUCUGAUCUGAUCAACCACAGCAGGACUCACACCGGGGAGAAACCCUAUAAAUGUACUGAGUGUGGGAAGUGCUUCAGUGGGAACUCCAAUCUGAUCAAACACCAGAGGAUCCACACGGGAGAGAAUCCCUACCAUUGUGCUCAGUGUGGGAAAUGCUUCCGCUUCCAGCCACAGCUUGUGCGGCACCAGAAACACCACACGCAGUAGGGACCGCUGCUGCUGAGAAGAGAGGGAACAUGACCCUGCCUGUAGGGAGAAGCUAGUUGAGCAUUGUGGUGUGAUGUAGAGGGGGAAGCAUGUCGUUAGUGUGAUAGUGGUUUGGGCCAUUCUUUGGGAAUGGGUAUGAAGCACCACAACAGGAGGAAACUGAGAAGAGUUAAGUAGUCAGGAGAAUCAUGGCCUUUUAUUUUUAGUCCUGAUAAGGGUAACAUGGAUCAAAUUAUAACACUUUCUCAAUACACUGACCAGGCUUUGCCAUCUUGGCCAGACCUCACCCUAGCCUUGUGGUUCUUAAGAACCUAGGCUCCUGUUUCCCCAAUUUCUGGAACUCUUUUUUAGCUAUUAGUUCCUAUUGAUUAUAUUUAUUUAACCUCCCCACCCCCACUCCACAUUGUGAAUAGUCUGUAUUCAGGCCCUUUCCUUGGAACUGUGUUUGCUGGAUAAAUGGUAGUGACAUUAGCAUCUGUGAAAAAUUUGCUGCUGUUUGACAACUUAGUCCACAAGAGUAAGUCAAUUAACAUCUUAAUAGACAUUUCUCUCAGAAAGAGGCUUGCUCAAGUGCCCUUGUGGGUGGCACUUUAUGAAAGGUAUAAAAGUGUAAUCAGUAUGUAGCAUGAAUUUUUUUUAAUCGUCAUCUGCUAGUUAACAAUUGAAAAACAGAAAGAGGAUGACAUGCAUUGAAAAAAAUUAAGCUAUUUGCCUAACUUUAAAUGUGUUCUUAAACUUUAAUAUGAAUUUUAAUUUCAUAAUUCUGUUUUCCCCCUUGAAUAAACCUUCUUUUAACUUAAACCACCAUGAAUCUGGAAUUGUCCG